ACCACUUUGGGUCUGAAAAACAGAACAAACUAACACCACUACUCUCACUAAUCACUAUUCACUUUCUUUCUCUUUUUCUAGGGUAAACAAAAGAAGAGCAUUUCUUGAUUUUCUUCUUUGUUGCCCCCCCAAAAAAUAGAAGUGCCUGUAAAUUUUUAUUUAACUCGCCGAUAUACUUUCCCUCCGACAUUGUUUUGUUCUGGCCUCUUUUACCUUCGCGUACUCGAGAAUUUAGAUUUUUACCUACAAUGUGGUCGUUUAAGAAGCAUUUGAGCCUUUGUUUAGUUGGGGCAUUAUUGAUUUUUGGGUUUGAGGAGGUUGUUGCGACGGCAUUGCGCAGGAAAACCGUCGCACAUUGGAAACCCGCUACCGCUACUUGGUACGGUGAACCUAAUGGUGACGGCAGUGAUGGUGGGGCAUGCGGGUACGGAUCAUUAGUGGAUGUAAGACCAUUUAAGGCACGUGUCGGUGCGGUUAGCCCGAUCCUAUUCAAGAACGGAGAAGGUUGUGGGGCCUGUUAUAAGGUCAAGUGUUUGGACAGUGAAAUUUGUUCUAGGAGAGCCGUUACUGUUGUCAUUACUGAUGAGUGCCCUGGUGGUUAUUGUUCCGGUGGAAAUACCCAUUUUGACCUUAGUGGUGCCGCCUUCGGUCGCUUAGCCAUUGCAGGUGAAGGUGGCCAGAUUAGAAACCGUGGGGUCAUUAAUGUCAUUUACCGAAGGACACCUUGUAAAUAUCCUGGAAAGAAGGUAGCCUUCCAUGUAAACGAAGGCUCGACUAAUUAUUGGCUUUCUCUUUUGGUGGAAUUCGAAGAUGGAGAUGGUGAUGUAGGUUCAAUGCACAUAAGAGAGGCAACAUCAAGUGAGUGGAUUGAAAUGACGCAUUUGUGGGGAGCAAAUUGGUGCAUAAUUGGGGGACCUUUGAAGGGCCCAUUUUCGGUUAAAUUGACAACACUUUCAACGGGAAGAACCCUCUCAACUAGGGAUGUCAUUCCACAGAAUUGGUCACCGACAGCCACUUAUACUUCUCGCCUUAACUUCCUUCCCUGACUAUCGUGAUCCAUUAUCGUGAAACUGUAUCAUACAAGACUUUGUCUUUUGAAGGAUCGUGCAUUCAACAUUCGUAUGGGAUGGUGCACAUGCAACUUAAUAUUGUGUUUCAUUAUUGUUUGUCUUUUUUUUUGGAAGAAAGAUGAAAAGUAGCAUCCGAUGCUCUAUCAUUUUUCUUUGAUUAUCCUCUCAAAGUCUUUGUAAUUGAUGCUUCUUUAUAGUAGGGUGAUCUGGAAGGGUUUGAAGGGAGCCCUCUCCUAAAGGAGGAGAGAGAGCGACAGCAUGUGAGUCUUCGUUGUAUGAUACUAUAUAGUAGUAUAUGUGGAGUUGUAAGUUUGUGAGUUAUUUAUUCAUGUUGUGUUUGUGUUUUUUUAAUCAUGAAUGGGUAGCUUCAAGUUCAAAUGUAAGUUGUGAUUAUGGAUGGAUGAAAAAUAUAAUAUGUAAGACUAUCUACAAAAGGGUAUACCCCUUUGUUUUUGUAUUGAAAAUUUCAUCAUUCUAGCUGUUAUUGA